UUUCAUAAUAAUUCCCAAAAAAAAAAAACAAAAAAAAAACGAAAAGUAAUCGAUCAAGUUGGAAACUUGAAAAAAAACAAUUCAUACAUAAUAAGUAUAAAAAUGGGUUUGAAGAUGACGUUGUUUCUAGUGUUAUUGUGUGGUAUGUUAAGUGUGAGUUGGUGUUGGGGAGAGGAAGCGGCGGAGAUUGCGUGGCAGAGAGCGAGUAUGGCUGCGGGAGGGAUAAAUAACAAAGCACAACAGUCUAAGCAAAGUGCUUCUUGGACUGAUUGGGUCUCUUCCAAAUUGUCGCAGCACCAAGACGAUGCGAAAGAUGAAGCCCAAAGAUUAGCGGAUAGCGCAAAGGAAACUGCAUCAAAUGCAAGAGAUUCUGUUAAUUCUGUUGCACAUGAAACCCAAAGGUAUGGUUCUCCAAAGGCUAAGGAGAUGGCUGAUGUAGCAUCUGACAAAUUUGGUGAUGCUAAAAAUUAUGCGUCCAAGAAAGCCAAUCAAGCUAUGGAUGCAGCAGCAGAUACCGCUAGUCAUGCCAAAGAAAGAGGAAAAGAAAAUGCGUUUGAUGCUUAUGCCUAUGCAUCGGAGAAAACCGGCCAAGCCACAAAAACAGCUGCCGAGUUUGCCAAGGAAAAGGCUCAUGAUGCUUAUGCCUAUGCAUCUGAUAAGGCAGGUCAAGCCAAGAACAUUGCUUCAGAUACGGCGGCCGAUGCUAAAGAAAGUGCCAAACAUAAGGCUUAUGAUGCUACUGAUUUUGCCAAAGAGAAGGCACAUGAUGCUUAUGCUUAUGCUUCUGAUAAGGCAAGUCAAGCCACUAACAUUGCUUCUGACAUGGCCGCUGAUGCCAGAGAAAGCGUCAAACAUAAAGCUUACAAUGCCAAAGAUGUCGCCUCUGAGAAGGCGCGUGAUUCCAUGAAUGCUGCUUCCGGAAUGGGUAGUUCAGCUAGGAAUAAAGCAUCGGAUGCUUAUGGUUUUGCUUCUGAUAAAGCAAGUGAUGCGAAAGAAAUUGGGAAAGACAAAGCGUAUGAUGCUUAUGGAUUUGUAUCCGAAAAGAUGAACCGAGCAAGGGACGAGGCUUCCAAUAAAGCAUCGGAUGCCUAUGAGUACGCCUCUGGUAAAGCCGAUCACAACAUAAGAAUGGCUACCGAUAGAGCGAGAGACAAAGCGUAUGCUGGAUAUGAGGGGGCCAAAUCAAAAGUGCAUGAAACUUACAACAGUGCCAAGAACACGAUGAAUGAACAGGCAAAGGAUAAAUAUGAAACGGCCAAAGAGAAGGCGUCGGACGCUGCAGGUAACGUUGGAGCAAAAUUGAGAAGUGCGAGUGGCAAUGAAUUAUGAUAUGAUGAUCAAUUAGACAUAUAUAACAGCCCCAGAAAUCCUCAUUGAAGUAAUUUUCUAUCAGGUGAGUAGCUUAGAUUUUACUAUAAUAUUUUUCUCAAUUUUUUUAAAGUUGGGACAUAUUAUAUUUUUCAAUUCUGUAAGGUUAUAACUCGUGUUAAAUUAAAUAAAGAAAAUAACGACGCUUACUAUGCAUACUAUUUUCUUUGAAACUUGUCACUACUUCCAUUGACAAAAUAAAAUAGGUGCAAAAGUGAUUGUACCAACUACCCGCUAUUAAAAUAAUACUGUUACUAUCGUUGAA